ACUUCCCUCUCUCCCAGCACAAUCUCGAGCCACCACCCCCCAUCCGACGACGCCAACCACGCCCGCAUCCCCAUUGAUCUUUUAAUCUCACGACUACGACUCGCAUCUUUGAUCAGCGUGGAGUCUGGUUGUAAUUCAUCCGUGCUGGUCCGAGUAGUGGCAGGCAGCAAGGCUCGAAGGCAGCACGCAGGCAGCAGCAGCAGCGCACGGAGACUACGGAUUCCGUCAAGAUGCCGAUUUCGCUGAUCGACCGGUAUCGUGAGCAAAUAUUCGGGCUUCUUGACUCUAUCGUCGUGCGCAAUAACUACAAAUAUCUCGUGCUCGACGACUACACCGCAGAACUCAUCAACAAAGUCGCCACAAACCUCGAACUCCUAAAACACAAUGUCUCCGCUGUCGAACGAAUCGAAGAACGGCGCCAGAGCAGGGGCUCGUUCGAGGCCGUCUACAUUCUCUCUCCGAGACCGCACAUAGUCGACUGUCUCAUCUCAGAUUACUCCCGAACACCACCGCGAUACGGCGCUGCUCAUGUGUUUUUCGUUCCAAUGCUCGGCGAACGGGAGCAGCGGAGAUUAUAUGAUUCACCCGCAGCACGAUUUAUGGGCGGCUACUGCAACCCCCUGUUAAUCGACUACAUGCCCCAGCAGUCGCAGGUUUAUACCUUUGGCGAACCUGACGCGAUGGUCACUUACUACAAUCGCGACUGCUACAAUUUGGUGGAGAAAGAGGUCACUCGAACCUCGCGAAGGCUGGUGAGUCUUUGCGCAACUCUAGGCGAAUACCCCAUCAUCCGAUUUUACAACCCUCUCGAACCCCGCCACGAGGCCGCAGCACUUCCAUACAUGGUUGCCUCGCGCUUCCAGAAAGAACUCGAUCAGUACGCGCGCGCGAACCGCAACUUCCCCUCGACCGAGCCCGACCGGCCGCAAUCGGUGUUUCUGAUCCUCGACCGCUCGAUCGAUACCAAAGGCCCGUUCGUGCACGAGCUCACGUACGAGACCAUGGCGCGGGAUUUACUGACUAUCGACGACGACAAGUACUCGUUCGAGGUGCCUCAUAAAGAUAACGGGGGUGCGCCAGGUACUCCCGCACCGCCUGGUGCUGAGCAGGAUGUGGUCGAAGGGGUGUUGACGGACGAAGACCCGAUUUGGGUGACGCUGCGGCACAAGUACAUUGCCGAUGCGAUCGAGGGGGUUUACAAUCUUGUGCAGGAGUUUAUGAAAAACAACUCUAGCUUUGCCAAUAUUGACCAAGCGAGCAUGUCGCAGCUCAAAGACGUGAUGUUGACGAUGAAGGUUGUGACAAAAGAAAAAGACCGGCUGAGUCUGCAUAGCAACAUGACCGAGACCAUCACCGAGCUUUUCCACAAAACCGGCGUCGACACGAUCGUCGACGUCGAGCAAAGUCUCGCGACCGGCACGACGGAGGAAGGAAAGUUCCCCAAACACGUUUUGCAGGACAUGGUUCCGCUGCUCGACAACGACAAGGUGUCGCCGCGAGACCGCAUCAGGCUCUUAGGCCUGUAUUUGCUGUUCCGGGAAGGAAUCAUUGAGGCGGAUUUCCAGAAACUGAGUCAUCAUGCGAAACUGAAUACGCCAGACAUGCAGGUGCUGCGGAAUAUGGAUCUGCUAGGCGCAAAAAUCUUCAAAGAGUCGCUGCGUGAAAAGGCGCGGCCGCCAAAGACGAAACUGCCGCCGCCCCGAGAGCUCAAGGAAGGAGAGACGGUCGAGAUCUCUCGGUACGUGUCGCCGCUGAAAGAGAUUUUGCAAGACGUGGUGAACAACUCGCUUGACCUGCAAACUUUUCCCUACUCCAAAGACCAGCCCGAGACCGCGUUCGAGAGCAUAACCCCGGUGCCGACCAGCAACACAUCUACUACCAGCACCACCCGACGCAACAAAGCCACAUGGCACGACGGCCCUUCAUCCCACCGUGCGCCGCCGGCGCAGCGCAUUUUCAUCUUUGUCGCCGGCGGAAUCACGUACGCGGAAGCGCGGGUCGCGUACGAGAUUUCAGAAGCACACGGGAAAGAGGUAAUCAUCGGCGCAGAAGACUUUCUCACGCCGGCUGAAUGGCUUCGACAACUGUACCGGCUGCGGCUGCCGCGCGAGGUGCUCAAGCUCGCGGCCGACAAACCGGAGCCCAAGGUGCCGGCUCACCUGCUCGAGCCCGAUCCGCCACCAGCGACACAUAUCGGCUCGACCGCUGCCGCGGGCAAGAGCAGCAAGCCGUCCGCGCAGGCGGCGGCGUCGUCUCCGGCGGCGCAUGUGCCGGCUACGGCACCGCAUAAGCUGUCGAGGAAUCCCGAGCACCAUCAGCAUAAGAGCGGGAAUCCGCCGGGACAUUUUGACGCGAUUGAUACGAAGAAGAAGAAGGGGAGUAAGAUCGGGCGGUUUUUCAAGUAGUCUUUUUUUCUAUGAGUCUUCUGUAUGUAAUCUCCGCGGCAUGGUAUUUUUUGUGUAUAACGAGUACUAGCAUGAUAAUUGUGAUUUAUGUGUUUUUAGUGUGAUUUAGGUGGGUGAGGUUGAUGUACGUAUUUAGAUGUGAGUUUCUUGAUGUAAAAUAGUUGUCGAAUAUCUUCACGUAUCAUAGCUAUCAUAGACACCUGCCCGGUUUAGAUUAAUUUGUACUAUAAAGAGGUUAGCAAUGUCUUUCCACUAUAAGAUAGAACGAGAAAA